AACAGAAACUUUUGUAUGUCGGUCUAAUUUUCAUGGAGUCGCUGAUUAGUUUUCCGCUAACAUGACAGCUGUCGUCGAACUAAUCUGUAAAAGUUUAGAAUCUUUGAAGACUUUUCAGGAAAAUAAUACAUUUUCGGGAAAUGAAGGAACUAUAUCUGAUAUCAUCAAGAAGAUUCGCGAUAAAUAUUGCAAUUUCAACUUCCAAAAACAGCAAAGAGAAAUUGUAAAUUCCCAUCUUCUAAGCAAUGAAAAUGGAAUUCCAGGAUUUUUAAAAGGGAUUCUACUUUCAAAAGAGUUUAAAGAUAUAAAAAAAGAGUGCUUUAAGUUACUCGAUGACAUCAUCGAACAGAGUGGCUAUUUGAUUCAAGAUUAUGGAUCUGACAUAUUGGUUAUUUGUAUUUUGUAUAUCAAGCGUGAUGUUGGUGCAGAUUUAAAAAAAUCGAGUAUCAUCACUAUUUCAAAAGUACUUGAAAAUUGCCAUGGUUGUCAGGGUGAAAAAAGGAUCAAUAUUAAAAAUUUGAUUGAAGAUUUGAUGUUUCAACUCAGCCUUCGUUCAAAAUUAACAUCUACAGUAAAAGAGGAAAUUUUGAGCAUCAUGGGAAUUAUUGCACAUUACUAUCCUGAAGAUUUUAUACCUUAUCAAGAAAGAAUUUUAUCUAUUUUCAUCCAGGAAUUGAAAGCUCAAGUUAAUUCAAAAACAAAAGCUUUUGAUUACAACAUAGUUGCUGGGUGCCUACAAGGUUUAAAAGAAUAUCUGUAUAAUUUUUCUGUUCUUCAAUCUGAAGAUCCUGAGAAGUCCUAUUUUAUAUUUGAUGUUUCAAGAAAAAUGAUUUCAAAGCCAGAAAGAUUUGCUAACAAAACAUCAUCAGUGAUUAAAGCUGGGCUUCAGCUACUUGCAUCUCAUGCAUUACAAUUUGAUCUGUAUGUGUUUGAAAACUGUGUUGAUUUAUAUCAUGAAAUAAUGCCUUGGGUCGAGCACCAAAACAGAGAAAUGCAAAAACUUGGACGAGAUACUGUUGUAUCUGUGUUGAAAGUGACAUCUGAGAUGAUUGCUGCUAGAUUUACAGAUGACAGAAGUUACUGUACUAAAGUGUUUAAAUAUUUCAUGAAGCAAUUUAGAGAAAUUUUCCUUGAAAGUGAAAGUUCUAAAAAAAUUCAGAUUGCUGUUAUUGCAUAUGGCCUUUUUGCCAAGCCAUGCAAAUUAUGCCUUAGUGAAAAUGAAGUGAAACUGAUGCUUCAGAAUGUGAUUCAAAAGUGUGAACAUGUAUUUCUGAGUGAUAACACCGACUUAGAUAGUAGAAUUCUAGACUUGUCCUGCUACCUUGAAGCUCUUUCUUCAAUUAUUUCUGUAACAGAAUAUUUGUCUGAGAAUGUCAUUAUUUCUUUAGAGAAACUUACAGUUUUUCAAAUUGAUAAAUUUCCUAAAGUCCCUUCGAGAGUUCACUUUAUUGUUCCAAAAGUUAUUAUUAGGAUAUUUUUAUCUGUUCAACCAAAACGUGAAUUAUUUUUAAAUUUCUUGACACAAAUAGUUUACCAAGGUCUUGUGAAAACAUGUUCCCAUCCUAUUGUUGCUGAAGCAGAAGAUUAUAAAGACAAAACAUCUGCAAAUGGGCAGCAAAUUCAAAAGGAAGAAUCAUCUGUAAAAAUAGUGACAUAUAAGGAUUAUAUGUAUCUAUGGAAGUCUAUACUGAAUGUUGUUCAGCUAAAGGAAUUAAAUCCCUUAGGCAUUCCUCUGGAUCAGAGACAAUCUUUAAUGGAAGCAGUUUAUGAUGAAAUAAUUCGUUCUAGUCUUGUUCUUAUAUCAAAGUUGGAUUUAACUUUAAAUCAAUCACUAACAAAGAAUGAAGAUGAUCAAAACAAAGAAGAGACUUCAUCUGAUCCUUUGCAUGGAGUUCAUGCUAACAAUAUGACUGAUUAUUACAUCUUCAUCAAUUUAGUUGAUUUUUUGAGGGAUUUAUUGAAUGAUAGUUGCACAGAAUUAUUUCCAAAAUGGGUGUAUAUAUUUGGAAAAGAAAUGAUUUUCCAUUCUACCAGGCACCCUUAUCAUAGUGGAUUUUGCAAGCUAAUUUCAUUGACUUUAUCAAUAUGUUCAAAAAUUGGAUAUUUUAAAGAAUUUCCUCACAGAACUGACAUUGCCAUUAUUAAAACUGAUAAUAUUUCUGAAGAAAAAUGGAGAAGUUUCCAGUUAUUUUCUAAAUUUGUCACUGAAGUUGCUGUUCGACAGCAGCAAUUUAAAGAUGACUUACUAGCUUCAUGUUUAGGAGUCCUUUUGAGUUUACCUAUUGAAAUAGUUUUACAGCAGAUCAAUGUUUUAAUUCCUUGCCUUGAGAGUGCUUUGAAGCUUGGUGUCAGUUAUUUACCUCUAGCAAUGGCAGCUGUUUCUGCUUUAGAAAGAUGGUCAGAUAACAUUCCAUUAGAUAUUAUGAAACCUCACUUUUCACGGCUACUACCAUAUUUGAAUUACUAUUUAUUAGCAUCUACCAUUCAAGAUGAUAUUUUAGCAUUGAAUGCAAAAAUAAAAAAGAGUAAUUUAAAAGCAGCUCAUAAAAUGUCAACUAAAUCUGCGAAAAGAUCUAAUCAGAGUGCUCUGGAUGUGGUUCUUGAAGAUCCAGCACUUUUGAAGAUUCAGCAGAGAAUUGUUAAUUUCCUUGGGAGACUUGGUGAACAUAAUGUUGCUUUACUUGAAAAUGCUUAUGAGAAACUUGAUGAAGUUGCUAUAGCUUGGGAUUCCCAUUGCAGAAACCAUUUAAAAUAUUCUGUGCCUUUUCAAGAUAUGAAGCCCGACAUAUAUUUUGAUGACUUUCUGCCUCGCAUAAUGGAAAUUGCUAUCAAAUCAAGUGUCCGUCAAGCAAAAGUUGCUGCUUGUGAAGCUUUACACUCAUUGGUGCUUUUUAUGAUUGGCCGUGGAAGUCUUUUACCUGAUGAUCUUCAAACAAAAUAUUCUAUGGAAGCUUUAUAUAAGAAAUUAUUUCCAGGAUUAUUAGAACUGGCAUGUGAUGUUGAGCAGGUUACCAAGCAACUUUUCCAGCCUUUAAUAUUUCAAAUUAUUCAUUGGUUCACAUGUAAUAGAGUUUCUAAAACCCCAGAAACAUCUGUCAUUUUGCUAUGCUUAUGGGAUGGUGUUACUAAUAACCAGAAUGCUGCUCUUCGUGAUUUCAGUGCUCUAUGUUUGAGAGAGUUCUUUUUAUGGUCUAUUAAGCAAUCACCUGCAGCGAAGCAAAAGCAAACAGAAAAUCUUUUGAACAAAUUACAUAGUUUCUCUCUUCAUCCAAAUGCUUUCAAAAGAAUUGGAGCUGCCCUGACUUUUAACAAUAUUUAUAGAAUUUUCAGAGAACAGGAAUCAUUAGUAAAAAGGUUUACAAUUCAACUCCUUGUUCAGUUUGUUGACAGUCUUGCUAUUGCACAUUCAGAUAAUGCAUCACUUGGUACACAGAAACAAUGUAUUAUUGCCUUAGACCAUAUCCAAAGGGUUAUUGCUACCAAGCAAAAAGUGUUCCUGAAAGCUGAGGAAUCUCGAAAAAGACCUGAAUGCCUUGAAGAAGCUACUCUGCAGUGUGCUGUGUUAUGGCUGUUAAAACAGUGUGGCUGUAUUCAAAUUGAAUGCAGGCACAAAUGCAUGGAGAUGGUUGAAAAAUUAGCACCUUUCAUUCCAGAUUACAAAACUGCCUCUUCAUAUUUGUUGGCUUACAAUAAUCUAGGCUUGAAUAUCUUUGAAGAUGUAUUUGAAAAUGUUUUGAAAAUUUUUUCUAAUUCUGGUUUGCAUAAUCAGAUGACAUUCAAAUCCAUAUGCAUAUGGCUGGAAGCUCUUCAAACGUCUAUGGACUGUUACCAGUGGGCAUUCUCUAAGCAAUUUUUACUGCAAAAUGAAUUGCACGGUGAAAAAUAUUCAUCCAUGCUUUCGUCUGUAAAAAUCUACAAAUUUAUUGAAUAUUAUAUUGAAAACAUUGUUAAAGAAUCUUUGCCAUCUUUCAUGAGCCGAUCAGAACAAAAUCAAUCUGAGUUAUUUACUCCUGAAGAAAUAUUCAAGUUUAACAAGUUAAAAUGUACUGUUCUGGUUCGUCUUUUCACAUUUGUUAUGUCUGUAUUUAAACCUGAUGCAAAAUGGUUUAAUGAGCAAUUUGUUAAAACUUUAUGGAAUUCAAGUUUAUGGGAGAUCAUUGUACUUUCUGCUGUCGAUCCUUCAUCACUUGGAUUUGAUGUAACAGACCCAGAAGUAGCUUUAAAGCUACCUUUAGAAGUCGCAGCUGUAAUUAAAAAGUUUAGUAUAAAAUCUGAUUUUCGGAAGUUUUGUUUGGAAUUUUUGAAGCGAAAAGACAAGUACAAUCUUCUGAAUUUUUUGCCUAUCAGUUUGCAUAGCUCCAGUCACAACCAUAUGCAAAUAAUGCAGCUUUUAAAAGGUUAUGAAAUUUUAAUAACAAAUGGAUUUGAAGCUUCAGAAAUUUUCUCAGAUACACAUGAAAUGAUUUCAAAUCUUCUUGAAUCAGUAUGGAAUGAUUCUGUUGAAACAAAUGUAACCAGCUUGAAAAAGAAAGCAUUGCCUCCUGUUGCUUUUAGAUUAGCAGAGACAAUCUUAUCAAUUUCAUAUAAUCUAGGAUUAAAAGUUGAUGAAUUGGCUUUAAGGCUUUUAAAUACUCCUGGGCAGUCUAAGGAUUCAAAUGUACUUCCAGGAAAAGGAUUAUUUAUUUUCAAUAUAUUUGCUGACAGUAUCUGUACAUUUGUUGCACAAACUCCUGACAUUUUUGUGAAAACUCUUGUAAAUUCUCUGAAUAAGACUGGAUUCACCGAAAUUUCUAUUCUUCUUAAAUUCAUAGAUUUUGUAGCUUGUACAAGAGUCCUGAGAAAGAACUAUGGUAAAGAUGUCAUAAGAGCUUAUUUGCUAUACUGGAAUGAUAUCAAAAAGUGGUGGGAGUGCCAUCCAGAUAUUGAUAGUAAAUAUUCUGUAUUGUCAAUUAUGACAAAGAUGUUACUGAUUGAUUCAGAUGUUGCUGUCAACAAAACUGGAUUUUAUUCCAUGUCCCUUUUUUCUACCUAUAUACAUUUACUUAAGGAACUGAGUUUUCAUGAAUUGAGUUUUAUUAACUCUGCCUUAGAACUUCUACCAUUCUUUAUAGAAGAUCCUGUUGAUACAGAUACUUUGAAGUUAUGUAUUGAAGAAAUCAGGGCAGUUUAUUUUCCAUUACAAAGUACUGAAUUACAAAUUGGUAGUUCUGCUUAUCACACAUAUAUUUCUGCUCUUAAAAAAUUAUUAUCUGCUCUUUCGCUCACUGGAUGCGAUUUUCUUCUUCAAUUUUUGACAAUAUUCUUUUGCAAAGAAAAUAAUCAUCCUUUGGAGGAUGAAUUUCAAAGAAGUAUUGUUCGAAUGAUUAGGAGAAAAGACCCUUGCCAUCAUCAAAAAUUUGCUGAUAUAAUUGUUAAAAUGCUUUUACUGAAUUCACAGAAACUGGAUUCAGAAGUGAUUCUUACAGUAGUUGACAAAGUCUUGCUUGUCAUUCUACUGAAUAUUGAUAUUACUCCUCUUAUAAACUUCUUUUCAUCAAAUAUUAAGGCUCUGAUGAAUAAUAUAAAAGAAAAUAUUGCACUUGUUACUCCUGCAAAAGACAUUUUCUUAGCCAAAAAAAUUGUUUGCUAUAAACUCCUGGAACUGAUGUACCAAAAUCUUUCUAAAGAUGUUCUUCACACUAAAGAUUCCCAAAUUGUUGAAUCAUUUCUUGGGCAAAAACCAAAUCAAGGAAAUGAACUCAGUUCUGAAAUUAUCAAGUUGUCUUUGGAAUUUAAACGUAUAAGCUGUGAAAUGGAGCCUGAAUAUAAAGAAUUACUGAGAAAAUUAAAUUGUGCCAAAUAUAACACCCUUAUGGCAGUUGUAUCAUGCACUCAAAAUGAGUUAAAAUUUUACAAUGCUUUUCUGUUCAAAGAAAACCCUGUGAAAAAUGAACGUAUAUGGGAGAGAAUUGUAGAUGGUGAAAACAAACCAACAUUUGAAAUGGAGAUAGAUCCUUCUAUUUCUCGAAAGAAAAAGUUUGUAGCUAUUCGACACAAUAUUAGAAAUAAAUCUCUGGAAAACGAUGCUGAAACUGAUUCCUCUGAUGUACCUUCUUCAUUAAAUUUAUUUGGUUCAGAAGAUCUUGCUCUUAGCAGUUUAGCUGAGGAUGUUAGCAAGUUUGUUUUUUCAACAAAUGAACCGCUGUUUUCCCACAAAAAGGAAAAUAUUGAGGAAGCAUCUAACGUGAAAUCCAGAAAAUCAUCAUUUGAGAAACAAUAUAGAGAUAAUUACAUAGUAUUAGAAGAUGAUGAGUUGAACAGUCAUGAUUCAAUGGGUGCACUUUGCCAGCUUUUGCAACAAAUGAAAACCAGAGGCCUUAUUCAAGAAGAACAAGCUGACAGUAUUCCACAAUGGCUAAAUUGUAUUGUUCAAAAUUUAGAAGAUGGAAUGGUACCUGAGAACGUACGUUUAUUCUUAGGUCGAGUCAUAAUUAAUAAUGCAGAGAUAUUACAACCAUAUGCAAAAUUUCUGAUGGAUCCUUUGUUAGACUUAAUCAUUUUAGGAAUUGCUGGAUUUUCAUUAAAUUACUAUAUACUAGAUAUUAUUAUUACUCUUUUAUCAUGGGCACCAGCUGCUAUUCCUCAGGGAAAUGGAAUACAAAAAGCUAAUGAAGUCUUGAAGUUCCUGAUAAGAAACUGUGAACAUUCUCGAAAAGAAAUAUUUCGCAAUAACCUUGAAGUAAUUAAAACUCUUCUUGAAUGUUGGAAAAAUGGUCUUGAAAUACCUUACAGUCUAAUUUAUGAAAAGAUGAAUGAUUUCACCCCUGAGAGUAAAAAGAAUGUGUUUGGAAUACAGUUGCUUGGUGUAGUAUUAUCUUGUGAUUUUCUACCUUUCAAUUCUCAGGAUAUGGCAUCAGCUCAAAGUUAUUUUUCUGUUCUUCUGAAGAAUCUCUCUCAUAAAUACAAAGAAGUGUAUGGAUCUGCUGCAGAAGUUGUAUCACUUGCUCUUAAAAAUGUAUUAAAGGAUGAAGGGGAUGUUGUAAAGAAUCCAUUUUUUAUAAAAGUUGUACAACAACUGGAGACUUUGAAAAACAAAGAAGAAGAAAAGUUCCUUUAUUGCUUGAAUAAGAUUCAUGAAUUUUGUCCUGCUGUUGCUGACAAAUUCAUCCCUCGACUUUUAUUUUUGUAUCCCAGAGUAUACAGUUCUUUUAAGAAUUAUAUUUUGCAAGUAUUAUGCUCUAGAAUAAAUGAUAUUGAGAAUGGCUAUCAGGAGCUCAAAGUUAUAGGUUUAUUUGAAGAUUUAGAAAAAAGGGAGGAAACAGCACAGCGAUUAUUGUUACAAACUUUGGAGAAACUUAUCCCUGAUUUGUCUUGUGAUGAUAUUCUUCAUGUUUUGCCAGGCAUUGUUAAUAUCCAUGCUCAACCAUCUAUUGCUAAUCGACUUGCAUUGUACAAAAUCUUAUUUUUGCUGUUUGAGAAAUUCAGUGAUAACGAAGGUGCAAAAGAAAAAGUAAUUACUAAAUAUGCUCAAGAAACACUUCUUCUUGGUUUGGCUGAUCCAGAUGCAACAAUUCGUCUUACAGUUGAUAAUUUUUGGAGCAAUGAGAAAAGGUUACCUAGUGGUACAAAAGAAAGAUUGCUUGCUCUUAUGAAAAACAUGUUCUCACCUGUUACAGAGGAGUCCUUUUUACAGUAUGCAACGUUUCUACUGCUUGAGAGAACAUCUGUUAGCCCAGAUUUUAAACGCAAAGUUUUUGAUCAUCCUUUAUCUCAAUGCAAUUUUCAAGCUUAUCAAAUUCAAACAUCAUGGAGAAAAAGACAUUUGGCUAUGACACCUUUAUUUACUGAAUCUGCCUCUUCUACAUUUUCAAGUUUAAUGUCCCUGGAUUCAUAUACUUCAAGUACAUAUGGCCAAGAUGCGAAGAUAAAAGCUACUCAGCAGAAUCUUGCAUUUACAGAAACAAUGGAAGUAGAUGAAGAUCUCAGAAAGCAGAACACCUUUAAUUGGUUGACUGGAAGUGCAGAUACUUUUGAAUCUCAAAACUUUUCAUUUGAGUCUGGAUAUGGAACAAGUAGCUCAAUGUCAAAAUCUCUCUUAAUUGCUAAUCAAAAUGAUACAAAGCUAUCUGAAAGAGAUUUUUUGAGGACAAUGCAAACUAAAAAGAGUGAUGAAAAAAAAGAAAGGAAGUCUGCUACUUUGAUGCUGAGACGAAGAUUUUAUAAAGAUAAAAACAAUGAUUCAGAUUCAUUUGCUCGACAAGAACUUAAACGACAAGAUCGCCGAAUGGAACUAAGAAAAGAGCAACAAAAUCAACGAGAUGCACAAGUUGUUAUGUAUAGACAGUAUCGCAUAGGAGAACUACCUGAUAUUGAAAUCAGUAAUUCUGAGAUUAUUAAACCCAUUCAAGCAUUAGCAAUGAAUGAUGGUGUGGUUGCAAAACUUUUGUUCAAAUCUCUGCUUGUGGCGGUAUGCAACUAUGUACAAAAAGAGCUUCCUGAAUAUCUUGAAACUUUUAAUGAUGAAAUUGCAACCUGUUUCGAUAAAAUAUUUCAGAAUAGCUAUUUGUACACUCCCAAUGUUAUGUCAUUUUGUUUGGAAACUUUAAAUCAAGUACAAGGCAUCAAGUUUGAUGUAGAGACUGUAUUUAAUGCCUGUAUUGGAAGUAAUCAACAAAGUGUUGGUAUUUUAUUGUUGGAAACAAAAAUUUUAAAAGGCUUUCAUUCUGAGCCAACUCAGAAAAAGAGACGGACCAAUAAACAUGUACUUUCAGAAGAAUCAAAUCAUUGGAUGAAAUUAGCUGAAUUAUAUAAAUCUAUUGAAUCUUAUGAUGUUGUGAAUGGAAUUUUUUCUCUUACAAUGGGUGAAAAAGAAGAAAACAAGAAAGCUUUAAAUUUUGAAAUCUCUGGCCAAUAUUUUGAAGCCGUUCAGUUGUAUUACAAGCUUUAUGAUAAUACAUCUGAUGAACAUGAUCAAGCAGAAAAAGACUUCUGGGAUAAAUCAAUUUUAUUUUGUAUGAAUAAAUUAUCUAAAUGGAGUGAUUUGGAAACAACAGUUAUUGGUCGCUUCACAAAUCCAGAUUCCCCUGACUUACAAGCAGUAUGGGAAGAUCAAUACAUGAAAGAAAAUUAUUUGCCUUAUCUAAUUCGAUCUAAAAUGAAGCAGUUAUUAGCAGGAAAGCCAGAUCAAUCAAUUCUAACAUUUUUUGAUCAGGCCAGAGAAGAUGAAGAAAAAAAAAUUCAUUUAGAGGCUCAUUACAGUGAAGAGCUGGCUCUUUUGUAUAUAGUGCAAGAUAGGCUUGAUAUAGCUAGACAAUACAGCUCAACUUGUCUGAAAAGAUUCUUAAAAGAAUGGCAGAAUUUAAGUCCUUUAGCUGUUGAAGUACAGCAUGCUUGCCUGCAAAAAUUAUUGAAAUAUGUGGAAUUAGAUGAAUUUCUUGAUAUAAUGAAAAAAAAUAAAUACAUAAAUGCACCUUCUAUGAUGAGUUGUUUAAAGACAUGGCAGACAAGGUAUCCAAACACUGUAGAUCCUGUUGAUAUCUGGGAUGAUGUAGUUGCCAACAGGCAUUUAUACAUGAAAAAAUUACAGAAAAUGGCAGAUGAAUCAGAAACAGAAAUUGAUCAAAAUGAUUCAUGCCAUAUAGGAUCUGAAGAGUUAGUUGACUGUGAUUUUAAGAAAUUUAUUUUGGAUACAUCUGUGGUGAUAAAAUUAAAAUUUGCUGAAAAUUGUGCAGAUCAAAAAAAUUUUGCCGUAGCUGUCUCUACUCUAAAAAGUAUAUAUGAGGUAUCUAAAGCACUUGAUAGUUCUUUGUGGUCUAAAUUCAUUGAAGCAUAUUGUUCCAUUAACAACAGAAGAGUUCUUUCUGAAUGUGAAAAGAACCUAAAUAUCGUACUUCAGUCUUGGAAGCAACUUGGUGAACUUGGGAAGAGAUGUGGCCCAAGUGUAUCUCAGACAAGAUUGUUGAGUCACACGCUUGAAAUAUUAGCUCUUAUGUUUAUGAAAGAUGAAAUUACUGUCCGGGAUUUGACUGAUAAGCAGAAGGAGAUGAUUUCAGUAAUAUCUGAAGGGAAAAUAAAUAAAACAGAAAUUAUUUCUGAAAUGCUAGAUAAAAGUUUCUUGUGUCUAAAAAAUGUUAUAAAGGCCCCAGGAGAAUUUACUGAACAGAAAUAUGAAAGUGAUUCAAGUAAGAAGGGCAUUGCAUCAGCUCAUAUGGAAUUAGCAAAUUUCUGUAAUCGAUAUUUACUUGAUGAGCCAGUUCAUGGAUUCCCACCUUGCAACAUCCCUUCAUUUUCUGAAUUUUCACAUGUUCUGACUGAAUCUUUGCUUAAUGCUUUGAAAUUUGGAUCCAAGGAUUCAUUACUUCUUUUCCCACGUCUUUUGCAAGUUAUAGAUACAUAUCCAUCAUGUCUGCCACUUUUUCAAAAGAAGACUUCUGAAAUGCCUUGCUGGUUAUUCAUUGGAUGGAUUGAUCAAAUGCUUGCUAUAUUAGAUAAACCUGAAGGCAAAGCUGUGCAUACCAUCAUUGAAAACAUCGCUUCAGCAUAUCCCGAUGCUAUUAUUUAUGCAUUUCAUCUUAGCUACAACAGUUAUGAUUUCACCAAACUAAAGGAUGGUCAAAUAAAUCAAAAUUUUGUUGAAAAAAUUAAAAGCAUUCUGGAAAAGCAAACUCUCAUCAGUGACUUUGUAGCUGCUCUUGAGCAUCUAAGUGUGCCAUAUGUGAUUUUUAAGGAAUAUGUUGCUGAAAUCGAAGGUUUAAUCAACAGUAAUGCUGCAACAGACAAAAUCAAAAACUGCUUUACAAAAAUGAUGAAUAUGCUGUUUUUUGAUAAAACUGAAUCAGCGAGCAGAAGAAUUCCUAUUGGUCCAGUACAGAAAAAAUUUGCUGAAGAAUUUAGGCCAAAAGUGCUUGAUAUAUGUGGAAUGAAUGGCACCAAACUUUUAGGAAAAUCUGGAACUCAGGCUGCUUUAAAGGCUUUAAGAGGUUUAAUAGGUACUGCUAAAAAUCACCAUGAAAAAGUAACUUCAUUGGAAAAGAUAUCUCCAUGGUUAAGUGAAUUUAAACAGUGGAAAUAUACUUCUCAGAUCGAAAUUCCUGGGCAAUAUUCUGGUAAAAGCAAACCCCUUCCAGAGUAUCAUGUUAAAGUUGCUGGAUUUGAUGAAAAGGUUCUUGUGUUGAAGUCUAUAACUGUGCCACAACGUAUAACCAUACGAGGCAAUGAUGAAAAAGAAUAUAAAAUACUCGUAAAGUCCGGUGAAGACUUAAGACAAGAUGUUCGUAUACAGCAGUUAUUUUCAGUUAUGAAUUAUAUUUAUUCCAGUGAUGUCCUUUGUUCAACCAGACAUCUUUCUUUACGCACUUAUAAAGUGGUUCCUUUAAAUAACAGAUUUGGUUUGAUUGAAUGGGUAGACAAUACAACAGUGCUGCAAGACUUUUUGAAUGAUGGGAUGUCAGAAGAGGAACGAAAAAAAUUUUAUGGUUCUAGCGAUGGUUCUCUUGUUCAGCGUAAAUUUCUACAGUGGGAAAAAUCUACACAAAAUGCAUUUUUCCUGUAUCCAAUUUUAUACCAGAAAAAGAGUCGAAAGGAAUGUGUUGAAAAGUUUCAAGAACUUGUAAAUUUAGUACCUAAAAAUUUGCUCGUAAAAUCGUUUUUAAAACUGAGCUCUUCGCCAGAGGCCUUUAUGGUAUUACGAACUAAAUAUGCUCAAUCCCAUGCUGUCAUCUGUCUCUCACAGUGGAUUAUUGGAAUUGGGGAUAGGCAUCUAGGCAAUUUUUUGAUUGACAAAAGCUCUGGAUGUGAAGUGGGCAUUGACUUUGGACAUGCUUUUGGGUCUGCUACUCAGUUCUUGCAUGUUCCUGAAUUGGUGCCAUUUAGGCUGACUCCUCAAUACUUGCAGCUGAUGGGUCCUUUGGGAGUAAAAGGCAUUUAUGAAUCCACCAUGAUUCACACAUUAUCUGCUCUCUGCAAUAAGCGUGAUAUAUUACUCAGUGUAAUGGACAUUUUCAUCAAAGAACCGACUAUAAAUUGGGAGGCUAAUGCAAAUAAACAACUUCAAGAUUUAAGAAUGAGUUCAGAAGGAAAGAAAGAAAAUUGGUUUCCAAAGCAAAGAAUAGCUAUAGCUAGAAAAAAAUUAGAAGGUGUUAAUCCAUGCUAUGUUACAAGAAAAGAACUUGAACUAGGUCACAGCUCAAAAGGAGAAAUUUUUAAACGUAUGGAGUCAGUUUGCUUGGGAAAUUCAGAGUUCAAUAUUCGAGCUAGAAUGAAGAAAGCUGGACUGACUGUGGAAGAACAGGUGGAUUGUCUUAUAGAUUUAGCAACAGAUCCUCAUGUUUUGUGUUUAAUAUAUUAUGGUUGGAACCCAUGGUUUUAAACCGUAUUAUAUCUGUUGUUGGUAUUUGAGCAGACUUCAAUUAAAUAGUAAGGAAUUUGUAAUUUCUGAAUAGGAAUUAGGGUUGUGGUUUUAAAAUAUUUUAGAUUUGAUUUCAAAAUUGUUUUUAUUUUGUAGUAUAGUUCAGUUAUAUUAGAAAUGCCAUAUUUAAAAUAAAUUAUUUAACAUCAUAGUUCUUAUUUAUAAACUAUACUCCAUUUUGUUCUUUGAUCUUAAAUCUAAGAAGCUUUUAAUAAAAUUUUAUAUUUCUUCCUUUUAAGAUACAUUUUUAAUUCUUCUAAUCCUUGUUCUUCAUAAAAAUAUUAUUUUAUUUGUUUUAUUUGUUUCUUAAAUUUGUUUAUUAAUUGAGCUAUAAAUGUUGCUUUUGAAAUUAAUAUUAGUAUUAAGAGUUGAAAAUAUUUAAUUUUUUUUCCCUAUAAAUUUCCGUUUUAUUUCAAUAUAUUUUUUUUUCUUUAUGUGAUGAAUAUCAAUUUCAAGUUUUUAAACUAAUAAAAUAAAUACACUGUUUAUAU